AUGAACGACAAGACGAAGACUCGGUCGCUAAUGCUCGAAGCUCAAGAGCUUCUUCUCGUUGCUCAUAUGAUUUACUUCGUUAUCAGCGUCAUGAAUUUGUUUAUUACUUGUUUCAUAAUCAUGGCCGUGAAAAAGGUGGCCUUUGGUUAUGAGCAUGUCCCUAAUGGCGAUGAACUGCCUGACGGAGAGGCCCCGGGCGACACUCCUUUGCAAAGCGGUGGCUUGGGAGGGGACGUGGCGACGUCUACGGCCUCCGACGAUACUCGCAGACAUGAGGAUGUUCCACAGAUGGUAAAUGAGAGCAGCAGCAAUACCGACACCAAUCUUGCAGUCGCAGCCUCGGAACAGGUCUCUGAACCUAGCAACAGUCUCCCGGACCAAGGACAUCCUAGUGGGCUUGGUCCAUUUGAGACAAGUCGAACAAGACAAAGAGUUAUCAAUGUCGAGGCUCCGAGAGCUGGCAGGCAGCCGCCAGUAGACAUUCUCUGGACACCCGAUUUGGUGAACGUGAACCUGGACUGUUUCUUCAGCGAUGAAGAAAAGCAACCUCGCGACACCUUCACAAAGCUAAUCCGAAAACAUCAGCAUGACAUCCUGACCAGUCGUUCGGGCAAAUUACCCCAUAUCACGGUGAGAAUGGCCUACAUACAAUCUAGGGCAGCCUUGGAGGGUCUGAAUAUGAACGGAGAAGUCCGCAUCCUCAUAGUCGGGCUGCGAACGAAGAAAAGUAGACGAGAGUUCCAUGCGUUCGGGAUGCGGCCAGAGAACAAGCAUUAUGUCCCUUUCAAACUCUGCUAUGCUCCGGAGACAGGGGCUAUAUUCCCAGCGGCAGUGGCGACGUGCGCCCUUAAGGAGAUCAGAGACACAACUCUGUGUGGUAGAUUGACCGUCAUCAGAAGCUCGAACUUGAGUCCCCGGACGUCGACAGUUGGAGGUCUUUUGAAGAUAAAGGACCAGUUCUUCGCCCUCACCACCAGCCGCAUGCCUGAAGACAGCGAUCAGAUGCUUGAGAAUGACAACAACAGGAUGACUGAGAAGCACAGUGACGCGGUACUAGUGUUUGACGACGAGGCUUUCGAGCGCGGUUGGAACUACCUAGACGAGGCGCUGCUCAGUAACUCUGACGACGAGGUAGAUGAUUCUGACACACAAGCGGGUGAUUCCCACGUUUUGGACGACGAUGGCGAAGAACGCGAGGAACUCGGUCGAGAUUCGAGUCAUGACAUGACCAUAGAUGGAGACUACGUCAUGUUUCGAGUCAACGAGGAACGAAUGCAAGCCGGAGAAGAUUGGCAGCUGGUCCCUGUGGAUCUUGAGCAUCUUCUCCCCAACAAAAUACCUGAGAGGGGCCGUAUGGGACCACCUCGGGAAAGUCCCUUCAUAGAAGACUUCUGCAAUGAGCCCAGUGGCCUAUUAAAGAAUAAUCUAGGGAAUCCCAGAAAGGUUUGGGUCAUCUCGGGAAUGGGCGACUUCAGGAGUUGUUGGAUGUGCCCAAACUCUUCUCAGAUGAUUUCGCCCGACGGGACCGAACAUCUCAAGGCAGGUGACUCUGGUUCUUGGGUUGUCGACCACACUCAUAGACUUCUUGGCAUCGUCGUCGCACGUUCACUCGGUGUCGGUUAUAUCGUUUCAUUCGCAAGCGUGCGACAGGAUAUCGAGAAAAGAAUGCGCUUGAACCCAAAAGCGGUGGAAUUGCCGGACAGAUUGGAGUCACGAAUCCGUCUCAACCCAUCUAACACUAACACAGGGAGCUCGAGGGGUCCAAGACGUUCUGUUCAAGUCGAUAUUCCUAGAGAAAGGUACAAUGUCGAGAACUUGAACGUGGCCAACGCCAGAGUUCAUUCUGGCCAGUAUCUUCACUACGUCAUUCCGAUAGCUGUGUGCUACAUGGCCCUUAUUCUUUUGAUGAAUUUCGGCCGAGAGUAUAGUCCGCGCAGCCAGCUUUUUGGGCAGGUGCUAGCCUUGCCAAUGUUGGAACUGGGGCUCUGA